AUGUCGAUCGAAAACAUUAGUCCGCUGGAGCUCGUGGCCAUGCGCCGGCUGAUGGAGCGCCACGAGCAGCAGACGGGUCGGGGCUUGAAGGUGGACGAGUUCAUCGAGUCCGUCGGGCCCAUGCUGUCGGAAACGACGGUCGAGGCGCGCGUCGACGUCCUGGGCAAGCUGUUCGAGCUCGCAGACUCCGACCAGAGCGGCACCAUCACCUGGGAAGACGUCUCCGACUACAUAUACCACCUCAAGGAGGCCACGCAGGCGUCGCAGGCCCGCGAGGACUGGCGCAUGCUCGAUCCGGAGCAGAAGCGGCCGCACAUGGCCGGGAACGCGUCCCACACGGAGCCGGUGGAGCGCAUUCGCUACUUUCCUGAACUGGACCGCUUCGCCACCGCCAGCCGGGACGGCACCGUGCGGCUGUGGCACGGCCAGACGCUGGCGCCGCAGGGCGUCCUCAGCGCGGGCUCCGCGCACGUCACCGACGUGGUCUACCUGCACGAGCGGUGCGUGCUUGUGGCCUGCUCCCAGGACGGAAUCCUGACGCUGUGGCGCAUCCGCAAGGGCCACAUCUUCCUGCUCGGCCGCCUGCGCGGGCCGAACGUCUCCGUCGGGAUCCCGUACAGCCUCUGCGCGGUCGAGAUGCCGCGGAUCCGCUCGACGUUCGCCUUUGGCGACACGUGCGGCGAGGUCCGGCUGUACAAGGGGGGGUUCUCGGAGCUCCAGGAGCAGAUGCAUCUGUCGCAGCAGGGCUCGCACUCGCGGGACAACGCCCCGAUCGACUGCAUGAAGUUCACCGUGCUGGACAAGUCCCACCGCGACUGGGUGACGUGCCUCAUAAGCGUCCCGGACUAUCGCUUUCUGGUCACGUCGUCGCUGGACGGGACGAUCCGCGUGCUGCACCUCGAGCAGGGCGUGUGCAUCCGGCAGCUCAACAUCCACAGCAAGGGCGUCCACGGGAUGCUGCACAUGCCGGAGCGGUCGGCGAUCGCCUCGUGGGGCGUGGAGUGGGACGUGCUGGUGUGGCACGUGGACCCGGUGGACCCGGGGCAGAUCAACGCGACGGUGCCGGGGCACAUGCCCGUGCAGGACGUGACGUACGUGCCGCGCUCGCGGCAGAUGGCGGUGCUGUACCCCGACUUCCAGAUCAAGCUGUUCUCGCUGGGCAGCGGGGAGCCCAAGGUGGAGCAGAUCGUGGCGGACCCGAAGGUGUUCCCGACGUUCGCGGACCGGAAGCCCGUCGCGAUGGCGCUGGACCCGGUUCGGAACCGCGUCCUCACGGCGGCGAACCGGCCCGUGCCGUUUCCCAUCCGCCUGGUGGCCAAGGUGUCCGAGGGGCACAACAGCCCCGUGGCGGCGCUGGCGUACUCGCACACGUUCAACGCGGCGAUCACGGGCGACAACGACGCGAACGUCAUCGUCUGGGACCUCGACACGGGCGCCGUCCAGUACCGCCUGAACCAGGUCCACCGCGGGCAGCGCAUCACGGCCGUGGCGCUGGACCCGACGCACCGGCGGCUGCUGACGGGGACGAACUGCGGGCAGCUGCGGAUGUGGUCGUUCACGAGCGGGCAGCUGCUGACGGAGUACAUUCACCCGCACGCGGACUCGGAGGUCAUGGUGUGCCAAAUGUGUUCUCAGGACGCCAAGGGGCAGGGCGGGUGGGUGGUGUACGGCGGGUGGCGCGGCGCGCUGCUCGCGUGGCCGGAGGUGCCCGGGCUCGAGCAGAACACGCAGUUCCGGAGCCUCCCUGGGCACAAGAGCGAUGUGCUUUGCAUGGAUUACGACCCGGGCCAGAACCUGCUGUACACGGGGGACCAGUCCGGGAAGAUCAUCGUCUGGACGCUGUCGAACUUCUCGAAGAAGCUGACAUUCUUGCACACGGAGGUCCUCGGCGCGGCGAUGGCCAGCGACAUGUCGUGCGAGCACAUGGUCCUCAUGUCCCCCGGAGGUCGCCCGCGGCAACGCGACUUUUUUGGGUCCUCGGGCCGCGCGCUGCUCAAGGCGGCGUCGCGCCUCGCCGAGGACAAUGCGCAGCGCUCGUUCCGCCAGUUCGCGAUGGGCGACAUCAACGCGCUCAACCGCGAGGCUUCGUUUUGCGGCGACAUCGCGGAAGAUGAUUUGGAGGGCGAGAGCAGCGUGGAGUCGCCCGAGAGGUCCCCGAGGGUGAAGAAGAUGUUCAGGCAGCGGAGCUCGCUGGAGAUGCAGAAGUCGAUCCCCGAACGGAAGCCCACGCAGAAGCUCUUGUCGCACCCGUCCUUCAUUGCCGCCGCUGUGCGAGAGAACGCGGGCGGGCCGGGCCUGCUGACCCUCGUGACGGCGACCGCGGACGGCCGCGUGCUCCUGUGGCGGCUCAUCGGGCUCGUGCCGUGCCUGAUCUCGGUCGUGAAAGGGUCGGUCUCGCGGCACCACGCCGUCAGCGCGAUGGCCGCGGACAGCUCGCGGGCGCACCUGCUGGCGGUCGGAGACUCGACGGGCGCGAUCCGCAUCUGGGAGUUCGUCGACGCGCGGCCGUCCGCGGAGGUCACGGGGCCGCCGUCGUUCCUCCUCGUGGGCAUCGGCGGGUCGAAGGACCCCCUGUUGUUCUCCGUGGACGGAAGACUUGUGGGCAAGUUCUGCGCGGACCGCAAGUGGGACAUCCACGACGAGUCGACGUGGAUGAUGCCCGACGUGGAGAGCGUCAUCCCCGCCGUCGACGACGAGGAGAUCGACGCUUACGACGACCUCGGCGCCGAGGCGUCGCGCCUGUCGGACGUGGGGCCGUCCGCCGCCGACCUGGGCAUGGAGCUCCCCUUCAUCGGGCCGGUCAAGUCCGAGCCAGCAGUGGCGUCGGAGAGGGAGCUGUCGAGGAUCCCGUCGUGGGUGCAGACGCGCGGGUUCGGGUCGGACCUCAUGCGGCUCCCACAAAUACCAGGAACAGGCCAGCCCUCCCUUUCCUUGGAGAAGUCCUGGGGCGGCGGCAUCGGCAAGGAGAAGUCGUCCGUCUCGUUCAUGCUGCCCGAGGAGCGGACCCGGCCGGGGCUGCAGAAGUCAACGAGCCACCUGUCGACCAUCAGCCGCACGUCCGCCAUCCGCGGGCUGCGGCGGAGACGCAAGGACGAGUUGGACGCGGUCGACAAGGCGAUUGCGCGAGCGACGAUGGUGCGGUCGGAGCUCGAGGUGCGGCUGCGCACGGAGCGCGAGGCCGAGCGGGAGCGCAUGGAGGAGUCCGCCAACUCGCGGCUCGCGGACGGCGCGGUGGACGGCCUUGACACGGACGGCAUGGACACGCAGAGCAUGCCGGUGCUGCCGAACCUGACGGGCGACGGGCUGGACGAGGAGACGAGCACGCUGUCGACGGGCACGGCGACGGCGGCGGAGAUCGCCGCGCACCGAUCUCGAAUGACGCUGCUGUACGGGAAGAACCGGGCGGCCGCGGCGGUGGCGACAGGGCCGUCGCGGUCCGGGCCGGCGCAGAUGACGGGCGCGGCGGCGAGCUCGCUGUACACGGUUCCGGGGAGGCGCCGGCCGGGCAAGAUGAUCGGCACGUUCCAACAGAUGCCGCUGCCGAAGCUGACGGUGGUGCCGAGCAUGAGCGAGUUCCUCGCGAGCACGCGCGGGAAGAAGCGCGAUGUGCCGAAGCGGAAACCAGUCGGGAAGAAGGGCGAUCGCAGGAUGCAGAUGCAGGACGUGGAGGUGGACGACUCCUGGCUCGAGGAGGUGGAGCAGCGGCGCGCGGAGACGCCGACCAUGGAGACGAUGAUCGGGCUCGACGCGGACUGGCGCGCGAAGAUCAAGCAGCGCGUCGCGGCCGAGCAGCAGCGCAAGCAGCAGCGCAUGGGCAAGACGCGCUCCAAGCGGUUCGGUUCCAUCGUCCACGCCGCCACGGCCGUCAGACACGGCUUUGGGGGGUCCCACGACGGCCCGUCGCUCCCGCGUGUGUCCGAGAAACACGAGGAAGGCGACCCGGGGCACUCGAUGCGGUCCAGCCGGCAGUCGCUGUCGCGGACGCCGUCGGAAUUGCAUGGCUCGCCGUCGCUGGCGCAGCAGCCCUCCACGGCGCUGGCGCGGAACCACAGCCUGGCGCGCACGACGACCGUGGACUCAGUGGCGGGGCCGAGCGCGUUCAUGCGCGUGUCGACGGUGCAGGAGGAGCCCGCCUCGCCCCACGGCACGGAGCGCCAGAGCCGCGCUGAGAAGCUGGCUGCGGCGCGGGCGGUGGCGGGGGGGCGCGACUCGCUGCCGGGCGGCAAGAAGAAGAAGAAGGGCCUGCACGAGAUGCCCGAGCCAUCGAGCUACUUCAAACAGUACCAGCAGCUGCUGAAACAGUCAGCGGACAAGUUCAAGCACAAAGAGCGCGUGCGACGGAGGACAGAGCAGAAGCUCGCGCUCGACCGGGCGAAGCUGGAGCGGCCGCUGAACCCCGGCGAGAUUGCGCCGCAGCUGUCCAUCCACGAGAGCCUCCUGUUGGACGCAGUUGACUCGGCGGCGACAGGAACCGAGGAGGAGGCCGGGGAGGAGACGCGCAAGUCCCCGCACCCGCACGAAGACGACGGCAUGUCGAUGCACAACCCAGAGAGCCGGCGACCCACGCAGCACGGCAUUUUAGACCUGGAAGAGCUCAACGCCAAGAACGAGAGGAUGGCGGUGGCCAACGCCGCGGUCGGGGCGUUCAUGUCCUCGAGCAACGACGUUGACCUCGCGGCCAACAUGCGAAAGCUCAUCACGCAGGUGGAGGCCGGGGUCGGCGACCCUGCGCUGCUGCCGGAGUGGUAUCGCGACGACCACUCAAAGGAGAAGCGCGACUGGGUGUCGCGGAACGGGCCGCGGAAGAUCUCGAGGGAGGAGAUCGAGGAGCGCGUGCAGCGCAAGGCCGUGAUGCGGGCCAGCUCGCGCACGCAGGGGCUCGGCGGCCCGUCGUUCACCUACAAAGGCCUGUAG